AUGCAAGAAAAUGAUAUUGCAGAACUUAUUAAUGCAUAUUAUACUAAUAAUGCUCUUGCAGAGGACUAUGAUUCUAACCAAGCAGACAAUAAUAUUACAUCUUUUCCACUAAAUUACUUUUCACCAGAUCCAAAUCAAGCUGUUACUUCAGAAUUAGUAAUAGAAAUCCAAAGCUCUUAG